AUGACUACUUCCUGUAUUACAACUAGUAACAACAACAGGGCAAAGAAUGCAAAUUUACCAAAGAUUUAUUACGCAGGCGAAAGAAAGGCGAGUGCGAAGAGUGCGUUGAGAGCUAAGAAUGCAGAUGACGAAGACGAGGAAUCGCCACCAGAGCUAACAAUUGAGGAAGACGAAAGGGAAGAUUUCCCACCAGGCGACGAUGAGCAGCUGGAAUAUCUAGAGAAGGUCAUAGAUCGUUUAGCAGACCAAUGUGAUUACGAAAGACCCGUGGCGGAGGUUCUGGAAACCCUAGAACUAAUCCUCAGUACGAAAGUCCGGGGCCGAAAGCUGCCUCCGAGCAUAAGAACGUACUGUCUAGCACUUGGCAUCACCAGCACCAAGUAUCCUAUGCUGCAGAUGGCGAAGCGAACACUGGUGGCGCUGAGUAAGCGACUGUUUGCGGAAGAGUCAAGAAACCAAGGAAGAGGAUGGACACAAGUAAAAUCCGAAAUAAGCCGUGUGUUUCAAGAAGCACGAAGCUUCAAGAAAUACCAAUUUCCCCGAAGACCGGAACACGCAGCCGGGUGGGAAGUUUGGUUGGGCAAAGUCGGCCUAGACAUAUGGAGAGAGUUAACCUCAAUCACUGAGCUAGAGUCCGCCAUUAUGGCAGCACCCGAGCAAUAUCCCUGGGGAUGGGACGAAAUAGACUUCGGCCAGACCCCAAAGGUAAUUAUAGACCAAUUAUGUAAGCUCACAGAGAAGUACAUCAAGAUGGUCGCUCGGGAUAGAAAGCCCGAAGCAAAGGCCCUCAACAAUAACAAGUCCAAAUCCAGUCGAUCCACAGUAGUAUGCACCAAGUGCAAGAGAAAAGACCAUUCUCAAGAGACGUGCUACGCCAAGACGCGAGACACGUCCGACAAAGAUUGA